AAUAUGUCUAACGCAAAGAGAGUAUUCACAUUUUGUACAAGACCCAAGGUCUUUCCCAAGAGGAAGUACCUAGAUAGUGAUAUUACAGAUGGCAGUCUCAGUACGGCUUAUUCAGAAUUUUCUUCAAGCCCUUCAAAGAGCUUUAUGAUGGAACCAUUCGUUUCAAACCUUGCCUCAAGAGUAAGAAUCUGACUGAUGAACGAAGUCCUCCCAGCAAGCAGAAAGGUUGAAUUGUUUCAAGAUUUUUCGAUCAUAAGUACAGUCAAUAAUAACUCAAAGAGGUCAUCAAGGUUCUCUGUGAAGAAAAGUGAUUCCUUUAAGGCUAAUCCAAGAUCAAUAAGUGAACCAAGAAUUUCCUACUGAAGUAGUGAGCAUAAAAAUAGAGAUGAUAACCGCCCUCCAAAGUGCUCUUUCAAGAUGAGGGUUCAUGCCUUUAGCUAUCUCCAAAAGCUUGCUUACAACAUCAGAAGAGACGAUGAUGUACUUUUCGAUGAAGAAGAACCUUAUGAAUAUCUAAAUGAAAUUCAAGAUUAUCAGAAUGAGUACAAACAUGAUCAGAGUUCAAAACUAAACGGGUGCGAAUCAGUUCGAAUGUGCAAAAUUUCCUCAUUCAAAUCUCCAUUUCCAAGUAUUAAAAAUGAAGAAAAACCAAGAAGGAUGAGCUGCUUAGAGACAAUAAAGCCUCGUUUCCAGCUGAUAGAGGUAUCUCAACAAGUUAUUUCUGGACUAGACUCGAUUCUCCAAGAUUUAAGUCCACUUAAAUCAAGUAUCAAAAAGAGGUCUCAACUAAAGCAAGAGCCUCUCUCUAAAAUUGCUGAAAAGAAAGCUUGUAAUCAAGUCACCAUUGGGGAGCCCUGCUUCACAAGCAUUCCUACGGAGAGACUUCAACAAAUAGUUGAUUCCUUGUCCCAACUUUAACUUAACUUAAUACAUUAACUAUAAUUUGUAAAACUUAA